AUGUCGAUCGAAAUUGAAUCAGCUGACGUGAUCCGGCUUAUACAACAGUAUUUAAAGGAGUCAAACCUGCACAAAACACUGCAGACAUUGCAGGAGGAAACGGGCGUUUCGCUGAACACGGUCGACAGCGUGGAGGGAUUCGUUUCCGACAUUCACAAUGGCCACUGGGAUACGGUGCUUAAGGCGAUCCAGUCGCUCAAACUUCCGGAUAAAAAGUUGAUCGAUCUGUACGAGCAAAUCGUGCUGGAAUUGAUAGAGCUCCGGGAGCUUGGCGCGGCUCGGUCACUCUUGCGACAAACGGAUCCCAUGAUAAUGCUCAAGCAGCAGGAGGCAGAACGGUACAUUCACCUGGAAAAUAUGCUGCAACGGGCAUAUUUCGAUCCAAGAGAGGCAUAUCCGGAGGGAUCAAGCAAGGAGAAGCGUCGCGCUGCGAUAGCAACGGCUCUGGCCGGCGAGGUGUCCGUCGUACCGUCAUCUAGGCUGCUGGCUUUACUCGGACAGGCACUAAAAUGGCAGCAGCACCAGGGACUGCUUCCACCCGGUACGACGAUCGAUUUGUUCCGCGGUAAGGCCGCCAUAAGGGACCAGGAGGACGAAUCUUAUCCGACGCAGCUCGCUCGGCAGAUUAAAUUUGGCCAAAAGUCGCACGUUGAGUGCGCUUCGUUUUCACCAGACGGACAGUACCUGGUGACUGGCAGCGUGGACGGGUUCAUCGAGGUGUGGAACUUCACGACCGGCAAGAUUCGUAAGGAUUUAAAGUACCAGGCCCAGGAUAACUUCAUGAUGAUGGAGCAAGCCAUCCUGUCGAUGGCGUUCUCGCGUGACUCGGAAAUGUUGGCUACCGGUUCGCAGGAUGGCCAGGUGAAGGUGUGGAAACUGGUCACCGGACAGUGCCUGCGACGGUUCGAAAAGGCCCACUCGAAGGGGGUGACAUGUUUGAACUUUUCGCGGGAUAACAGUCAAAUUUUGACAGCCUCCUUUGAUCAUCUGAUACGAUUGUACGGCCUGAAAUCGGGCAAAAUGCUGAAGGAAUUCCGUGGCCAUUCCUCGUUCGUGAAUGAGGCGGUGUUUUCGCCUGAUGGCCACCACGUGCUUAGCGCCUCGUCAGAUGGCUGCGUGAAGGUGUGGUCCCUGAAAACCACCGAAUGCAUCUCGACGUUUAAAGCCCUCGGUACGCAUUUGGCCGUCAAUUCGGUGCUGAUAUUGCCAAAGAAUCCGGAACAUUUUGUCGUGUGCAACCGAUCGAACACGGUGGUCAUUAUGAACAUGCAGGGCCAGAUUGUGCGCUCGUUUUCGUCCGGUAAGCGUGAAGGAGGUGCAUUCAUUUCGGCCACGAUAUCCCCACGGGGUGAGUUCAUUUACUGCGUCGGUGAGGAUUUGGUGCUGUACUGCUUUUCCGUGACCUCGGGUAAACUGGAACGAACGCUCAACGUCCACGAAAAGGAUGUCAUCGGUUUGACGCACCAUCCGCAUCAGAACCUCCUGGCAUCGUACGGAUGUGAUGGGCUGCUAAAGAUGUGGAAACCGUAAAGUGUGACUGUUUGCGAAACUGCUUCGUUUUUAAAAAACUCCUUACCUUGUACGAUGGUAUGCU